AUGACUGAAUGCUCGAGCAUCAACGACCUCGACGACGAUGUUCUGCUCCAAAUAUUUGAGCUGCUCAUCAACCCCUUCAACCCCAACUUCGAGACGUCACCGACCUCCCGCCUGUGGUCCAAGCCCUGCCGCCUGCACACCGCCAGGGCCGACGCCGACGCGGCUGCAGGAUUCGAGUACGUCGUGGUGCUGCCGAGGGUGUGCAAGCGCUGGAAGGAAGCGAUUGAGGGCGCCCCGCGAAUGUGGAGGUUCUCUCGCAUCUGCUGCUGGGGCUGGCCCAAGCAAAUGUCGACGGCAUGGUGGGCCCGUCACGGUCAUCAGUGCGAGGGCGUCGCCAUCUCAGGUCACACGUCGUGGGCGGGCCUGGACGUAAGCGCUUUCAACCUCGGCUUGUUGUCUCUGCUCACAUCCAAUCUACGAAAGCUGCGCCUGCUCAAAUGCUUCCAUAGAAGCUUCAUGCCCAACGUGCUUCGCGCGCUGGAGGGACUGAGGGGCCUCGAAGAACUGUGGAUGUGGGGAGAUGUGGGGUACUUGAGCGACGCGCCCCAACUCGCAGGACUGACGCGCCUCAAAAGUCUGCUCCUGCGGCGCAGCGCAUCCCAGCAGCCGGUGCUCCACCUGCUGUGCAUUCCUCCGCAGGCAAUGCAGGUGCGCGGCCCUUCAGCUACCUGUUUCUGA